GUAUGGCUUCCUUUGAGCAUCAGCCUCCCAUAGCUUCUGGGCUUAACUUUCAGGAAAGUGUAGCUUCUUUUGCAGGCUGUCAAAAAAACGAGGAGUUACUUAAUUUUUUGUAUGAAAGAAAAUUUAUAAACCAAGGAAUAGUUGAAUAUCUUAAGAAAAAUCUUAUAAGCGUUUCUAAAUCUUCAGAGGGUGCUGCUUUUGCUAAGUUACAAGGUGACUCUUUUAUAUAUUACAUUAAAAAUAUUAUAUGCGUGCUGGGCCGCGCGGAAGGUCAUCCUCCUAAAAGUCAUACUUCAGCCACUGCCGAAUCUUUUUUUCCAUUGAGUAGUUCAAAAAUAAUAUCACGCAGACAUUUGGAGUUAAGAUACCAUUAUAUAACUAAAUCUUUUCACCUAUAUUGCCUGAGUAAAAAUGGUUGUUUUGUGAACGGUUCUUUUAUUACUAUUUCAGAUGGUCCGCUAUUGUUGCAUAACAGGUGUGUAAUCUCGGUGGGAGACGUUAACUUUGUAUUUUUUCUUCCUUUAUCCAUUAGGCGAUUUGGACGAGCCACUUACUACUCUAGUUCUUCUCUUUCAAAGGAUAAUCCAUUGGAGGUCAACAGUGAAUGUCCACCAAACUUUAACGAAGAACAUACAGGUAGAAAUAAUAUGAUUUUAACGCUUAGGAAAGAUGAUAACAGCAGAAUUAAUUUUAAAGGUUGUAAUCAACCUGAGCACUCCACUAAAAUUAAACAGUGCGAACCAAUUGUUACGCCCCAUAAUCUUUAUAAUCCGCGGUAUGCUUUGUUUGCGAAUCUGCAGCCCCAAACUUUGGAAGCAUUGCCAUUAAAUUGUUGUUAUAAGGCUGUAAAAUCAGAAAGCUUAUGUUUUGCUUGCUCAAAGAAGAAAAAAACUAAAUGCAAAAGUGCUAAGUCGCCCUGCCUUGCACCGCUUACUAAGAAAUCUUGUUGUCUAUGUGAGAACUCGUUUAUUAGCUCUACUCUAGCGACCGCUGAAGACAAGCCUUCUCAAUAUAACGAGCGCAGUUCUAGUUUUACUAUUUUUAAUAAGGAAACUGCUACAUUUGAAAAAAGACUGGUGGGAGAGGCUGCCUUUUUUUUACCUUGUUCGGGGUCAAGCGUGACGGGCAGUUAUACUGUAACAUCAGCGCCUAUACCUUCGCGGGAAGUUUGCUUACCGCCUUCAUCUCUACACGCGGUUUCACCUCCUGGGGUUGUUUGCAGCAUAAUACCUUCUACUUCCGGAGAAAGAGAACAUACGGGCUUUUUUUGUCAACAGCCCUGUUGUUUUAGAAAUGGUACUUGUUAUACAGAAGAAUCAAAUCACAAAGGACAGGAGCUUUGCCACAUUUAUAAUAUGGAUAGCCAAGUUAACGAAGUAAAAGUGCCUUCUGCCAGGUAUAAGGCUCAUUUUAAAGAUGAAACUGACUAUAUCCACCGUAGGCAGAAUUUUAAAAAAUUAAAAACUAAGAAACUCCGCAAACCUGAAGAUUUGUACUCGGGAAUGUUUAUUCUUUCACCUUCUAAAAAUGCCACCUUUCCCCCCCGUUGAACGCUUAGAAGAUUAAAUUCACUGGUAAAUAAGUAAAUAA